CGCGAGCACCUCACGCCUUCGUCCUGAAGAUGCGACCGGACGACGGUCACGCGCCCCUUUAUCUGUGAUCUUCUCAACUACCCUGCACGACCUUGAUCGUGAUCGACCAAUGUGAGACUAGAGGUGCGGGUCGCGAGAUCUCGUGUGGUGAUUUGUUGGAGUGCAGCUGCCCCAGUGCAGCUGUUUGAAAACUACCCUCAACUGGAGGAAGGAUGCAGCAGCAGAAUCAGCGGGAGAUGACGGCUACAACGACGGCCUCAGCGCCCUCAGGCGACCUUCAUGAAACAGUUUCCUCAACGGACACCAGCUCAAUGGAAGGUUCCAGCCUCUCAAACUUGACUCUGCAAAGCGUUCUUCAAAGCGUACAGACCUACAUGACGCUGCAAAGGCUCCACGUUAGUGGAGCAACGAAUGUUUCAUCAACAUCCUCAAUUUCGACCUUAGGACUUCAAGGAGCGCUUCUUGCGACCCUUCAGAGGGUAGCGCUUCUACCUCCAGGACAUGCUGCUGCUGCAGCGUUUAAUCUUCAGGCGCUGGAUGCUUAUUUGACUCUGCAUCGUCUUCAUGUCAGUGGUGCUGCAGCGACGGUGUCCUCUUCUUCACCGAUUUCAACCCUCACAGGACCUAGUCGAUGCUCGAUGACCUUGGGGGGUAAUUUAUCCUUGAACUCUGCCUCUUUGACAAAUUUCAAGACUGAUUUAGGGGUGGAUGUUCUCACGGCUACUUCCUUAGAUGAGGAUGAUGGAUCUCAUCUCGAUUUUGUGACUGAUCCGGAAGAGGAUCUGGCUCUUCUGGAAGAGGAGGACGCGAUUUUAAGGGAAAAUUUGGCGUCUUCUUCAACUGCGAAUCAUGACGUUCUUCUGCAGAGGAUCGCUGAAGGACAUCAGAUAAUUCUGCCGACGGGGAACACUGGACAGUCGGUGCAAAAUUCGUCGUUACAGGCGACCUCAACUUCUUCGGACAAUAAUUUGCAGAGAAAUUGUAGGGCUGCGAGACCCAAGAAACAGUUUAUUUGUAAAUUUUGCAAUCGACAGUUUACUAAGAGCUAUAAUUUGCUGAUUCAUGAGAGAACACAUACGGAUGAGAGGCCAUACUCUUGCGAUAUUUGCGGAAAGGCAUUCCGUCGGCAGGAUCACCUCAGAGACCACAGGUACAUUCACAGUAAGGAGAAACCCUUCAAAUGUGCAGAAUGCGGCAAAGGAUUUUGCCAGAGCAGAACUUUAGCAGUCCACAAAAUACUCCACAUGGAAGAAUCACCUCACAAGUGUCCAGUUUGCGAUAGAAGUUUCAAUCAAAGAAGCAAUUUAAAGACUCAUUUAUUAACUCAUACUGAUAUUAAGCCCUACCACUGCGCCUCUUGUGGAAAAGUUUUUCGCAGAAAUUGCGACCUGAGAAGGCAUUCUUUGACACAUAAUUUGGGGGUGGCGGGGUCGCCAUCGUCGCCUAGGAUUUCCGUACCUGGAUCCAGCACCGCCGUUCUACAAGAGACUUCUUAGAAUUCGCUUUUUCACGGAAAAAUUAACUUUCAUUUUGAAAAGUCGAGAACUAAAAUGGUUUAACUAAAUAAAAUCUCUUAACAUAAUUGAUUUUUUGACUAGGGUGACUAAUUUCUUAUUUAUCCUACUCUUAAGUUCACUGGAAAAUCUCGGUAGGAUUCCAGUAAAGAUUAUUCAGUUCAUUUGAUAGCAAUAUUUUUUGCGAGAGGUGAUAAAUUGCUCAACCUAAUUGAGAAAUCGGUUGAAUUUUUUUUGACUAAUUAGCUUAGUGGUUGAUUUUUCAAAAUUUUUUUCAGUGUUAUCGGUCUCUAACUUGCUCACUCUUUCGAGUCUUUCACAAUCACUCAUUCGCGUCGUAAUUAGCGCGUAAGUAAAUAAGUUCGAAUCUCUUUUAAUUAUAGGCUCGUGCGAUAGAUGUGUUAUAUAAUUAUUAUACAUAUAGAUAUAUAUAUUUUACGUGUGUAUUGACGGGAGGGAGAGAGAGAGUAAGAGAGUAAGAUUGUUAAGUGGUAGGAAAGACAAUGAGUGUACUAUGAUGAUAAGCGCGUCUGUGUUGUGUAAGUGUAAAAUAAAUUUGUAUUAUUAUUUUUUAUCUGAGUGUAUAUGUUUUUUCUUUUAUUUGUAAGUAUAAGAAGCGAUUUUUCGAUAUUGGUGAUUUGCUUGAAGUCUGAGACUAUAAAAACGGAACUAUAAGA